AAUCUCGGUGUGCCUUUUUUGAUAAGUAUAUACCGUAUUUUGUCAUGUUGAGGAACCUUGCUUUUUUUUUUGUCAUUUUGAGAGUGUCUUGUAUUUCUGGCACUGUUAUUGGUUUUAUGAGUUGUUGAGUCGUGUUUUCUUGAUUGCUAGGGGACUUACUGGGAAGGUAGAAAGUUAAUUUGCUUGAAAUGGAAAGGAAACAAGUAGCCAUAGUUGGAGCAGGAAUUAUUGGGGUUACAACAGCAGUGAGAGCCAUUGAAACAGUACCAGGUAUAGAAGCUACAAUAAUUUCUGACAAAUUCAGUCCAAAUACCACAGGGGAUGGUGCAGCAGGGUUCUGGAAUCCCUACCUUCUAGAAGGGUGUUCACCAGAAAAAAUUGAACUUUGGUGUCAGGAGACUUUCUCUUACUUGUUAAACCUUUUGCAGUCACCAGAUUCAAGCACUAAUGGUAUAGGACUAGUUUCUGGUUAUAUCUUGUCUGAACAUUUCAUGGAAAGGCCUUCUUAUGCUAAAGUUUUUCUAGAAUAUCGUGAUUUGACAAAAAAAGAACUGGAGUUUUUUGGAAAUAAGUACAAGUAUGGUGUGUUUGUAACAUCAAUUUAUGUUGAAUGCUCUAAGCUGUUACCCCAGCUAAUGAAGAGUUUUCAAGCAAAAGGUGGUAAAAUUGUUCAAAGAAAGAUCAAUAAGUUAAGUGAGCUUGCUGGAGAAUAUGACAUUGUAAUCAACUGCACUGGUGUGGAGGCUGCACGUGUUGUUCCAGAUCCUGAUAUUCGGCCAAUCCGGGGCCAGGUGUUCAGAGUAAAAGCUCCAUGGGUCAAGCAUAUUUUUCUUGGAGGGGAAGACUUCUACAUUUUACCAAAUACAGACACAGUUGUUCUUGGAGGUACCCGUCAGGCUGGGGACUGGAACAAAGAUAUUUACCUAGAGGACAGUAAGAAAAUUUGGAAAGGCUGUUGUGAACUGAUACCUAGCCUACAGCAUGCUGAAAUUGUUAAAGAAUGGGUUGGCUUACGUCCAGGAUGUUCCAAAGGUCCCAAACUAAGCAGAGAAGUUGUUGUUGGAAGUAAUGGGAAGAAAAUACAGGUUAUUCACCACUAUGGCCAUGGAGGAUCUGGGAUUACAGUUUUUUGGGGAACAGCUGGAGAUGUUAUGAAACUGCUUCAAAAAUCUGUUAGUGAGCUUGAGCCUAAUAUAUUUCGAGCUCGGCUUUAAGUUUUGUCAUAAGUGCAAUAUAGACAAAAGAAAUAUUAAAAAUAUAUGUAGCUUUAAUAUUCAUAACAAUUUAUAACGUUAUUUUGUUUAAGAUAAAGCUGUUUUUAAGUAAUAUUUUAGGCAUAUUAUUUUUUUUAGCUUUAAAGUUUGUACUUUGUACCUGAUAAUUGUUGGUUUCAAAUUAUUUUAGGAUCUCUAAGAAACGUAGUUACACUGGACGAAAUAAACACUUUUUAUACAAAUACUGUAAAACAUAGGUAUUGUAACUUCACAUACUUCCUUUUAAAAUGUAGAAUACUCAAACUGAAUCAAAAUACACUUUUAUGAAAACUGUUGUAAGAAUAUAGAACUUGUGUUUUUAUACACAAGAGAUUGAAAAUAUACCAUUACAUGUAUACUGAUAAAAAAGAAAUUGCAGUUUUUUUUGCAAAUUCGGGUAAAAAUGACAAAAAUGUGUUUUUGUGCAAAUAUUCAUAAAAUCGAGAAAAUGUAAAUGCAUCUAAAAAUGUACUUUUGUAUAAAUACUUAAAAAGAUAUAAAACGUGGCUUUACGCAAUUUUACAAAAAAAAAGUAGUACAGUAUACUUUUGUACAAAAGUCCAAAAAUUAUUUAAAAGAUGCAAGUUUCAAAUAUUGUACCAGUACAAAGAAGCAUUCAAGGUCCACAUUUUUUAGAAAACGCAUAGUGUCAAAAAAGUCAGUUGCUGUAUGCAGAAAGCCUAUACAUGUUUACAGUAUAUCUUCAAAAUUUAUACAGUACUGCUCCACACGUUUAUCAACACAAUCUCCAAAAACAUAAAGAAACUGCAAAUAACUUUUGGGACACCUUAUAAUACACUUGUAUCAUGAAAAUGCUGAAAGAUAAAUACCAUCUAAGUAAGAUUUAGUAAAUCUACUUGAAAUUGCCACUUUUUUUGUUCUCUACAUUUAAUAUAUUAAUUCUGUUAAUAAAUUGUAAAUCUUAUGCAUGUACAGAACAAAAUAAGUGAUUUACCAGUGAUAUACAUCUCACUGUUUUAUGAAUCUCAUUGAUAUGGAUUGCUAUUUCUACUACUGGUUAUUUCAAAAUUUGUCACAUUAUGUUACUUGUAUAAAGUGCAUUGUUAUAAAAUUGUUACCUGUUAAAAAAACAAGUCUUAAGUGAUCGGCCAACGAAUAAUGGAUAAUAUUGUUUUUUUUUGUUGAUUAUUUUGUAUGUUACUGUCUUUAUAAAAUGUAUUAAUAGCUGGAUGCUAUAUAUUUGUGCAGAAGCUAUUUUGUUGAGUUUUUAGGUUGAUUGUUGAAAUACAAGAUGCAGCUUUAUAAUUACGUUAAUAUUUUUGAAUAUUUAGCAAUUUUUAUUUGGUAUUUUUUGUGAUCAAUAAUUAUUACAAAAAAUGCAGGUUAAUAAAAAAGAAUGAGCUAAUGAGUUUGCAGUAGAAUGAGGGAGAAUUUUUGUGUUCAGACUGUAGUUGAUGUGUAAUAACCAAGGUAAAGAUGUGUUUCAUUCACUUCUGAAUUUCGCUACGUUGAAGCAAGUAUAUGGAAAGUAUCUUAACUUUCUUUGAAAAUGUAAGGAUAGUUUGCAACUGUGUUGGAAGUAAUUUAGUGUUUUAACUUCAAAACAAGGGUUUUUGAAGUUUAACAAAGUUAACAAAGUUUGAAGUUUUGAAGGGUUUUGUUUAACAAGGGUUUACCUUAGGCUAUGUAAGGACAAAUGAAGAUAAAUGGUUGUUUUAGUUGUGACAUAUUUAGCAUUUACUGAAGUGCAUUAUAUAAAGUUUUAAAAGUUACUUUAACGUUAUAUACUAAUGUUAUAUUACAUGUACGUGUAAUAUUUUCAGACAAAUAUUAAAUAUUUUUGCAUGA